CUACCCAAGACGCGUUAAUCUCCCGCGACCGCGAGCAUGGACACUUGUUUAAUUCUCUUUAAUAACGCGUGAGUUCAGUUUUAUAUUAUUAGGCGUAUUUAUUGAUUAUAAGUCACGCGUUCGUCGAUGUAAAUUGCGCGGAAAGAGGGCUUUACGUGAUACGUUUUACCCUGAAUGCUUGUUUUUACAUUGUCUAGUUUCGUCUGAUAGGCAGUUGUUGGAAGUCAGUUUGAUAAUUUAUUUUGAUUAUAAUGGCUUGUGACAGCUUCAGAGAAAGCGUGCUUGUUCAUUUAGAUGUUGAGUGUUUUGCUCCAGAGGUCCUUAAGGACCACAAACCAGACUUUUCAACAACAAGGAAACUGUAUUCCUAUAUAAAGAAGAGGACAUUUGCAACAUUUGUGGCAUCAAAGAAAGUCACAGCAUCUUGUGAAAACACCUCGGCACUCAUUUGGCGCUGCUGUGGGAAGUCAUUUGAAGAAUCUUCAGCAAUACACAAGCAUGUUGCCAAUGAUCAUGCCAGUGAAAUUUACAGGCUGACCACAGAGACCCUGGACAUGAUGCUUCACCAAACUGGUAGCGAUGUCUCUGUGCAAGAGUCUGUUAGAGAUGAAACAACAGAUGUGUCAUCCUGGAUCCCUGAUACAAGCAACGUUUCAGAUGAUGAUCUCAACAAGGGCCCAGGUGAAGUUCUGCUGUAUUACUGCUACUGUGAAGUAAAAGAUCCCAAACUAAUUUGCCAGUGGCAGAAAGAACUUUGCUCAAAACUUCACCUGACAGGCAAGAUUCGAGUGGCUACUGAGGGCAUCAAUGGAACUAUUGGUGGUACAAAAACAGCCACUGAUCUUUAUGCCAAGGCAAUGCUGUCACAUCCAACCUUUACAAUAAUGCAAGCACAGGAUUUUAAGAAAAGUGAAGGAGGUGCAGAGUGCUUUUCCGAUCUUAGGGUCGGUGUCUACAAAGAAAUUGUUCCUAUGGGUGUGAAUCCAGAUAUCAUCUCGUACAGAUUAGCCGGAACACAUUUGGAGCCGGAACAAUUUCAUAUGGAAGUGAAGGCCCUCUUGGAAAACAAGUCCUCGUGUAGUGACACAGUACUGCUAGACUGUAGAAAUUUCUACGAGAGCAAAAUUGGUCAGUUCAGUCACUGUUUGGCCCCUGACAUCAGGAAAUUCAGCUACUUCCCAGACUAUGUAGAUGAGAAUUUAGAUCUUUUUAGGGACAAAAAGGUUCUGAUGUACUGUACAGGGGGCAUCCGCUGUGAGCGAGGGUCUGCUUAUCUCAGAUCAAAAAAUGUAUGCAAGGAGGUGUACCAGCUGAAGGGAGGCAUUCACAAAUAUCUUGAGCAGUUCCCGGACGGUUUCUACCAUGGAAAACUCUUUGUUUUUGAUGAACGUUAUGCAAUCGCUUUUAACCAGGAUGUCAUCUCAGAGUGCAGAUAUUGUGGUUGCCCAUGGGAUCAAUAUCAGCUGUGCUCCACAGUCUUCUGCUGCCAGCUGGUGCUCUCUUGCACCACCUGCAGAGCAAGCGGUUUGACGGCGUGUUGCCCUGUUUGCCAAGCCAAGGAGCAAAAACACAGCAUUGACUUCCCUGAUGGAUCUCCUCAAAAAGAGGAAUGUGAAUGCACGAUAACAAGACCCAGAAUCCCCAAAGAUACGUUAUGAUGAAUUCAAACUCAAUAGGAUGAUCAGAUCAUGAUUUUUUUUAAUCAAACGGC